GGGAUCGUUGGGUUUCAAGGAUCAACUGUUGGUUAAAAGAAUGUAUCCUUAAAGAGGCUAAAACUUACCAGCGUAACCUCUCAAUGUGUGCGAGUGCGGCGUUAACAAGCAAACAAAAGUAAAGUAAACGCAUAAUUCUGGUUUCAGUCCAUGGUGGUAGACAAGGAGCGGUAUGAAGGGUAUCUCAAACUAAAUGACAGUUUCACCUGCAUCCAGGGAUUCACAAACAUCCUUGCUGUAACACCUGAAAUGGAACUGAAACGUCCCGCAAAAGUGUGUCUCCCGUUAGACUUGCAUGCAAAGGGAGACAACUCUGAAGUGUUGUUUGUUCACUGGAAGGAAUCUGAGGAAGAUCGAGGGGCAGAGGUGAUCUGUAACCUCCCGAAGGAAGAACCCAAGAACUCAUACAGUGUAGACGUCACUUCCUUCAGCUCGUACGCCCCCGUGUGUGUUCCCAAGAAGACAUCUCUCGAGGACAUCGCCACGUCAGUUGAGUUCAUCUCUGGAAAGAGAAGCAUGUGCAAUAUUCUCACCCUCAGCAGCUAUGAUACAAAUUACAAGAUGCACCGACUGUUGAUGGACUGUGUAGACUUCUAUAAAGUUAACAGCGUUAUAGAGAGGCAUCAACAAGAUGGUAUGAGGGAGAUAGAGCUGAGUCGAUCAAGGGACAUUCAACUGAAGAGAAAAACACGAAUUAAAGUUUCCCUGGAAGGGAAUUUGACGUACUUAGAUAAAAAUCUGAAAGUGAAUUCUCUAAAAUAUGACUGCUAUGCUAGAACAAACAAAAUAACCAUGCCGGUCAAAUCCAAUGGACGUUCUAUGAGCAUUGUGCGGUAUACGUGGGAACGAGAGAAUCACCAGGUCUUCUUUUUCUUGGACAAACAAACCUUGGGUUCCUCAUCGAGAAGCAAGGCCCAACACAGAAAGUCCAGUCAAAGUAGGAGCAGCACAUUAACUUCCAGGAAUGUUGGUAACAAUGGCGCGUCUUCAGAGGAGAAUGUCUCCUCCACAUCACCAUUAGACCUCCAUCAACGUGACGUCACUGGCAGUCAGAAUCAUCGAUUAGUCCAUCCGGUUCUGUCAGACAAGAGUCUCUCGGCGCUCAGCGAUUCUCUUCCUCAGGUAGUCUGGAGAAGCAUGGGGUUAGAGCUGAACUUCACCACUGAUGAAAUAUGUUCGAUAUUUGAGAAGGCGGAGCGACGGAAGUCCGACCCGAGGUUUGAGCUCCUCAGGGAGUGGAAGAGCAUCAGUCGCGGGACAUCUGAGAGCCUCAUCAAUGACCUUGUGGCUGCACUGGAGGAGAUCGGACGCCACGACGUGGCAGAGAUGUUGCGGCUGGCGGCGGGGGAGCGGCGCGAGAUCCGGAGAAAUGACUUCAAUGGACGUGCUGGUCGGCAAAAAGCAGUGAUGCGGCUUCCGACGGUUCGGGAUGGACAUUUUAUUUAUCCUGAUGUCAAUUAGUGCCGGUCAUGCCCGGACCACCCACCCGCCUCCGUCCACCCACCACACCCCACCCCAGCCCUACCUGCCCACCCGACCCCUACCAAUAUUAUUUCGCGGUUGUAGCAAUUGCCU